UCCAUCUCCAUAGUACUGUACGGCUCCACCGACGCCAUGGCGCCUCCUCCGCCUGUUCGUCCUGCCACAGUCGGUGGCCCAAUGCUGAAUGAAAUCUUCGAGGCGGUUCAUGAAGGCAACCUCCCCCGCUUCAAGGUUCUGGUGAUGCUGCUGGACAUGGGCAGGGGUCGCCUCAGGGAGGCAGUCGAAGCCCUGAGGGUGGAAGAUGAAGGGUUGAUGAAAGGCCUCUGUGCGCUUCACAUCGCCGCCAUCAGAGGGAGGCUGCAGUUCUGCAGCUACCUGGUCGAGGACCUAGGAGUCGAUGCGAAUGUCGCUGAUGAGCAUGGUAGGACACCUUUGUUUUUGACGACCCUCUCUAAGAAUGUCUGCUGUGCCACGUAUCUUCUUGAUCAUGGUGCCAAUCCAAACAAAUCAUGUCAUGACGGGAUUUCACCUCUACAUCAAGCAACUGUAUCAGGUCUAUUUCUAUGA